GAAUGAAUUAAAGUAAGCUCGGCUUAAGCUCUCCAGCCUGGACGUCCCGCUUUGGAGCUGGCAUGGGGGCUGCUACUAGGGACGCUGCGGAGAUCGGGAAUCUUGAUCGCGGCUGGCUGAGCGAUCUGUCUGAUCCGGUGUGCCCUGCUUCCCUUCCCCGACUCCGCUCAGCUCGGGAGGAAGCGCAGUAGCAGCAUGGCUCCGACGCUGCUCCAGAAGCUCUUUCACAAAAGGGGCGGUGGCCGGCUUAGUAGUGGCGACUCGACCUCCCCUUCCCCUUUUAGACUGUCCAAGGAAUGCUCAACCUUCAGUUGGUCCUGUUCUGGGUUUGAUCUAAAUGAAAUCCGCUUGAUAGUAUAUCAAGACUGUGAAAGACGGGGGAGGCAAGUCUUGUUUGAUUCUACAGCUGUUCGAAAGACUGAUGAGAAACAGUUUCAGGAUGCUUCUGGAAAAACAGGUGGUGGGUGCUGCCAAAGAAACAGUGGUAUUAACACAGCUUACCCCCAUGGCCCUUCAGUGAACAGCAGAGAACCUGGCAAGGAAGAUAUUCCUAAAUAUCAGUAUGCCAGGCCUGCUUCUGAUGUCAACAUGCUGGGUGAGAUGAUGUUUGGUUCAGUAGCGAUGAGUUACAAGGGCUCAACACUGAAAAUUCACUAUAUACGUUCUCCUCCACAACUUAUGAUGAGUAAAGUGUUUUCUGCUAGAAUAGGCAGCUUCUUUGGAAGUACAAAUAGUCUAUUGCGAGAGAAUCCUAAAGGUAACUUGGAUACACGUGUUAACUUUGAUAUUUUUAACAAUUCAGCACACAGCACUCCUGUUGACAUGCCCAAUAGAGGUCAGAAUGAAGACAGAGACAGUGGCAUUGCUCGAUCAGCAUCCUUGACUAGUCUUUUGAUGACUCCAUUACCAUCUCCCAGCCCCUCUUCGAGUUACCAGCGCCGCUGGUUUCGAAGUCAAACCACAAGCUUGGAAAAUGGCGUUACACCUAGAAGGUCAACUGAAGAAACAUUCAGCAUGGCAGAUGAAAGUUGUGGCCUCAAUCCUGCACUGAUUCGAAGGAAGAAAAUUGCCAUCAGCAUCAUUUUCACCCUUCCUGAGAAAGAAGAGGCCCAGAAAAAUUUCCAGGAUUUCUUCUUCUCUCAUUUCCCCUUAUUUGAAUCACAUAUGGGCAAGCUGAAAAGUGCAGUUGAAAUGGCUAUGAUCACAUGUAGAAAAAUAGCAGAAACAAACCAAAGAGUGCAAGUUUACAUUAGCCGUAUUAUGGAUGCAUUGGAUGAAUUUAGAACUACAAUAUGGAAUUUAUACACAGUUCCAAGGAUUGCAGAACCUGUGUGGCUUACUAUGAUGUCCUGCGCUUCAGAAAAGAAUCUGUUAUGCCAACACUUUCUCAAGGAAUUUGCUGUUUUGAUAGAACAGAGCAGCAAAAACCAGUUUUUUGCUGCUCUAUUAACAGCAGUGUUAACCUAUCACUUGGCCUGGGUCCCUACUGUGAUGCCAGUUGAUCAUCUCUCCAUCAGGGUUUUCUGUGAAAAACAGGCCUCACCAUCUGUGAAUAUGCUGGCAAAAUCACACCCGUACAAUCCACUUUGGGCACAGCUUGGUGAUUUAUAUGGUGCCGUGGGUUCACCAGUCAGAAUGACAAGGACAGUCAUUGUUGGAAAACACAAGGAUUUUGUUCAGCGCAUUCUCUAUGUCCUUACGUAUUUCUUACGCUGCUCUGAUUUGCAAGAGAAUUACCUGGUCUGGAAUGGGCAGCUUGACAAAGGAGAGCAAGCUGCGAAUGGCAGGAACAUUAUAACGACUCUAGAAAAGGGAGAAGUUGAAGAGUCUGAUUAUGUGGUUGUCACAGUUCAGAACGAACCUGCUCUUGUGCCUCCUGUCGUGCCUCCAAAGAAUGAUGCUACUGCGGUUGCUGUUGCGGCAGAACGUGAAGGCUGCUCUGAAUCUGCCUGCUUCGAGGGCAAACAGGAGACUCGGCUGAAUGCUGAGUGCAAUUCUGAAACCUCCCCUCGCUUCUCCAGAGUUAGCUCUCCAAAAAGAAUUGUAGGGGAAAUUAAGAAAGGGAAAGCUUUAGUUAAUUCAGAAAUCGCAUGUGGAAGGCACGGUGUAUUAGAGGAUUUAACGGCAAGAAUGAAUGAGGACAAGCAGCACAGUGUAACAGGGCAGUUGUUUCAAAACUUGGUAGCUGUUCCAAAUGCCAAGAAGAUUGCCCAGGUGUAUUCUCAACUGGAAAAAGUUGCCUUCCAGAUUGGAAGCUCCACCUCACCCGAAUCUGAUUCUGAAACCCAAAGAAUGGAAGCCAACAAAACUUUGGAGAAACGCAGAAGUAAAACUCAAUCUCUGUGUGCUCUAUCAAAUCCAUUACAUACAACACCCAGGGCCCCAGAAGAGAAAUCUAACUUGUGUCUUAAAACCUGCACUAGCCAGACAGUUGGGGAAACAGAAACACCAAGGGCAUCUUGGCUGCUAUCAGUUCCACAGCCUGUCAUUCUUGAUAGAGAAGUCAAAAUGGUAAACUUGGGGGAAUUGGAUCAAGUUUGUAGUACGAGCUGUGAAAACUUUGAGAGAAAUUCUCUUGACUGUGAUUCAGGAAGCUCUACUGAUACCCAGAAGUCCGGCCAAGCGGUUACUAAGAGCAUCCCCUGCGGGGAGGUGGAACGCAAACUCCAUUGUGGAAUGGAGGAGGACAUUCCUAGAAAUGAAAGUUCUGAUAGCGCUCUUGGAGACAGUGAUGAUGAAGGUUGUACGUACAUUCCAGAUGAGCAGUCAGUCACUGUUAACUCUAGACCUGAAGAAUUUUUAGAAGUGGAACUUGCUUUGCCAAGAUUUUGCACAGUUAGCACUCAAAGCAUGAUACAUUAUGGAAGGUCUCUUCUUGGGGGCUAUUGUACCUCUUAUAUGCCUGAUCUAGUGCUGCAUGGAAUAAGUUCAGAUGAACAACUUAAGCAACAUUUAUCCACUGAGUUGAGUCACACCAUAAAUCAUCCUGUACUAGAUGAAGCUAUAGCAGAAGCUGUUUACAUUAUAGCAGAUGCUGAUAAAUGGACAGUUCAGGUGUCUACUAGCCAGAAAAAGAUGACUGACAAUAUAAAAUUAGGCCAAGAUGUACUCGUCUCCAGCCUAGUAUCAUCUUUAUUGCAGUCUGUUUUACAACUUUACAAGCUUAAUCUUUCUGCUGACUUUUGUAUAAUGCACCUUGAAGAUCGCCUACAGGAAAUGUACCAUAAAAGCACAAUGCUAUCUAAAUAUUUACGAGGACAAACAAGAGUUCAUGUGAAAGAGCUUGGAAUGGUCUUGGGGAUUGAAUCCAAUGAUUUGCCACUGCUGGCUGCUAUAGCAAGUACUCAUUCACCAUAUGUAGCUCAGAUACUCCUUUGAACCACAGAUAAACUCUGUUCUCUCAAAGAUUUGGGAGUGAAUAAUAGACCCAAAAGAAGAGGGUUUGUGAUAGCAGUUUGUUACAUCUCAUUUGGUUUACUGCCUUUUUAUGUGGAUAUUUAUCAGUGGAUUUUUAGUUUACGUGAUCUAAAAGAUAUUCAGGGUUUUUAUAUUGUUUAUGCAUCCUUGUACUUUAAUGAAUGAAAGGAUUAAACAUUAUUGAUGGAUAUGUUGUUUACGUAUAGCAGCUAA